GUGGGUGUUGUUCUUGUGGGACAGGGUAAGAUGUGCAGCUCCUGCCUGGGACCAUAUUCUCCUGAGACUUUGGGGUGCACCCCGGCUGCAACAAGACCCCCCCACCUUAGAUCCCAAAGAGGGUUGCAUACUGCUGGCAGUCGGCAAUGAUACAAAAAGCGUUGCUGUUCUGCUGGACCCACCCAGAGUCACUAUAAAUGAGGCAUGGAGAAAUCACACUUGAAGGACCCAUUCCUAACGAUACAAAUCAACUCUGAGCAGGACUGGGAGUAUAUUGAGGACAAGGAGGCGUCAUCCUCAGACGACAAUGAAGAUGCCACCCCAGCAACCUCAGGUCAACAAAGAAAAUCCUCCAAUGCGCCAAAGCGCGGGCAAGGACGAGGGCACAAAAAGAAAGCCAGAUUCACACCAGAGGAGUUGGCUAUCGUUGUGGAAGAACUUUCUGCCCACAACAAGCUCCUGUUCACCAUCCAUCAGGAUCCGGUCAAGGCCCAGUGUAAGGCAGCCAAGUGGGCCGACAUAUUGAACCGGGUGAACGCUCACCAGGUGACUUUCCGGACUAUAGAUGACAUCAAGAAACGAUGGCACGACUUGAGGAAAACCGCCAGGAAGAAGCUUUUCAAGAUAAGGAGGGAGCAAGGGAAGCCGGGCGGAGUGUCACCGAGGAAGAAAACGCGACUCACUCGCCUAGAGAAAAUGGCCGCCAAGACCAUGACGCCAAAGAUGAGCUAUUUUUUCAGUAGCGAUGAUAUAUUGGAUAGUAAUGAAGAUUCUGAUGUAUCAUCACACGAAAGGUCACCUGAGUGUAAGGUCCCUCAACGAGAGCCAUACAUGACUAGACGCAAGAGUCAGGUGCCCAUAUCCCAGAUCAGCGAUGAGAAGAAUUCAGAAGCCAGCACAUCUUGUCACAGUUCCUACUCUGAAGACAUGUUCAACGGCAAAACAGAGAGGUCUCCAGAGAGUGCAGCUCCUGAUCAGCACCAGUUAGCAGCACACAGAGCAUCGAAUAACCCACCGACUGCCAUGUCUGUAGAAUCCGAGGUUGACUGGGAGUAUGUAGAGGAGAAGAAGGUCAUUAGAGAAGAGAGAAUCGUACGCAGGGGCCAAGCUCACAGUUCAUGGGGGGCUUCUGCUGCACAGCCAACACAGGUAAUGAGCCGCUGGCAGGCCAAAGUGCACAAGAGGAAGGCCAGGUUCAACCCAGAAGAGCUCGCAAUUGUGGCCGAAGAGUUGUCCUCGUAUAACAAGCUGCUGUUCCGUGCUCAGCACAACUUGGCAGACGUGCAGCGCAAGGCACACAAAUGGGCCGAGAUCUUGCGGAGGGUGAACGCCGUAAGCAUCACUCACAGGACUAUCGGGGACAUAAAGAAGAGGUGGCAUAAGCUGAGAAGAACAACCAAAAAGAAGCUCCUACAGAUGAGGAGGGAGAUGCAAGAGAAAGGAGUGGAGGAGACCCAUUUAACAAAGUUUGAGGAGAUGGCGGCUCGGACAAUGACCCCACAGAUGAUCUAUGGAGUGUCUGAAGGGUUGGACAUUAUGGAAAGUGAGGAGGAGGCGCGGAUUCCUCUGUUGACCAAUGGCUUACAUGGGGAAACUUGUGAGAUAACUCAUGUGGUUUCCUGUGAGCAAGCUGAAGAGUCUACCAACGAGGCAGAGGCUCAAAAUAGCCAUCAAAUACUGCUAAAAAUGGUGCCCACAUCAACCAAUAAUCACGAUAUUCCUGUGGAAGACCCAGACCGACCCAUUUCUAUUAUUGCCUCCCCCGACACACAACAAGGCUUUUCUAGGCAUUCGCCGACGCCUCUGAUGAGAGGACACGAGCCUGUAGAAAUAUCGAUGCAGCCGGAUCUGCUGGCACACCACGUUGGACAGCUGGUGGAAAGCAUUCGGGAACACAACGACCUCAUUCGCAGCCAACGUAGAAAUGAACUCUUAUUAGAGAGCAGAAUGGUGUGCCUGGAAAACGCAGUAAAAACCAUGGUCCAGACAAAUCAUGCGUUAAUCCAGGCACAAGCCCAGCACACGCAGGAACUUGGACACCUGACCCAGGCUGUGUGCCAAUUGGUGGAGCAGAUGGCUUCUUCCCGACCAGGAACUUUUGUCUCCAGUGCACACCAAGACCUGGCAUCUAGAACAGCCGUUUCUUUCAUGCCCCCUUCGUACAAUCCAUCUUUCCCUCUAUGACUGGAUUUUAUUAGUAGGUGUAUGGAGUGGACAUCCUCCCUAUUUUUAUUCACAUUUCUCUCUUCUGUUCCAACAGAUUUAUGAACAAAUGCCCAGAAGACUGAUUUACUUAUUAUAUCUGCUGCUACAGAAAAAAAAAUAUAUUACAUAUAUAUAUAUAUAUACACUACACCUUAUUUUCUCUACUCCAUCGCUAACUGGAAUUGGGAUGUUGGCCCCACACUAGACAUAACAGGGUAUAUUUCUUAUUCAAAACCUACUCUAGCACUCUUAAAAGAACACUCCAUUUUGGCCAGUUUCUACAAUCUGUUGGAAAAGUAAUCAGUACUACUUGUCUAGGCGUACUAUGUGCCAACUCCUUUAUAAUAUGCUGUAGUGGGUGCAAUAGUGCUUUGCACUGCUGCGUUAUAGGGCUCGAGUUCAACCUUGGCACUGUUUGCAAGGUACGUUCUCUUCGUGUCUGGUGUGUAUAAAGCGCUGUGUAAGAGUGGUGACCCUAUAGAAAACAGGAUAAUCAGUGAGGAAAGAGGGGCAUGGUGGUUUAGAGGUUGGUGCUACUUCUGCCAUUUAUGGAGAUCAGUUCUGGCCUUGGAAGUAUUGGCAAGGAUUUUUGUAUGUCUCCUUUCUGUAAUUUAGGCAGCAUGGUGGGUCAUUAGCACCACAUUUAGUGUUAAAUGGGCUCUUCCAAUAGUGCCGGUAUCAGGAAAGUACAACAAGCAGCACUUAGCACCAUCCUAUAGGGCCACUCCAUGUUCAUCCUUUAAAAUACUUAGUGCUACCAAGUUUAAAUGGGCCUGUGGUAUAACAACAUCACCCCUUGCAGAUAGGACUGAGGUCAGAAUAAAACUUAGGAGGGAAGUAUGGCAGCAGCAGUUACCACAGCACUGCCCCACAGAACUGCACUCACAGCACUGCCCCACAGAACUGCACUCACAGCACUGCCCCACAGAACUGCACUCACAGAACUGCACUCACAGCACUGCCCCACAGAACUGCACUCACAGAACUGCACUCACAGCACUGCCCCACAGAACUGCACUCACAGAACUGCACUCACAGCACUGCCCCACAGAACUGCACUCACAGAACUGCACUCACAGCACUGCCCCACAGAACUGCACUCACAGAACUGCACUCACAGCACUGCCCCACAGAACUGCACUCACAGAACUGCACUCACAGCACUGCCCCACAGAACUGCACUCACAGAACUGCACUCACAGCACUGCCCCACAGCACUGCACUCACAGCACUGCCCCACAGCACUGCCCUCACAGCACUGCCCCCACAGCACUGCCCCCACAGCACUGCCCCCACAGCACUGCCCCCACAGAACUGCCCCCACAGAACUGCCCCCACAGAACUGCACUCACAGCACUGCCCCCACAGAACUGCACUCACAGCACUGCCCCCACAGCACUGCCCCCACAGCACUGCUAACCACCAAACCUGCACUGUGUGUAAUGAUUAUGAUGUUGUAAACAUAGAUCUAUAAAAAAAACUCUGAACUUCAACUCAGGACCCAAGGCAGUGGCAUAACUUUGUGGGCCUGGCUCCCCCUUCAGAAUAUAUUUUUUUUCUGCCCCCCCCCCCCCCCCCGCACGAAAUCACAGGUCACCUUUACAUGCAUUCAUCGUGGGUCACCAGUGAUUUCACAUGCAUAGUGGCUCACCCGUAACGCCCUGCAUAAAGGGAGCAGACCCGGGCCGCAGGGUAUGCUUUCUCUCACCACUGGCAGCGGCACUAACCACUUUUGACUAACCAAGCCCCACCAUUACUAUAUCCUCAGGCACUGCAAGGAGUGUGCAUAUUCUCCUCAAGUAUUUGUAUGUUUCAUCUGGGUGCCCCGGUUUUCUCCCACACUCCAAUAAAACCCUGAAUUACUGUGGGUCAGCAAACAGUUGACAGUUUCACUUGGACAAAAGGUUGACCUUGAUGGAUAUACAUCUAUUCAACUUCACCUACUAUGUUACCAUACAGGCAGGUUAUUUGCCUCCUGAUAACACUGACCAAAGUUUGCUGGGGCAGGGAUUGAUGGGAAUGACAUAUAAUCUCUGAAAAGCGGAACCGCGUACCUCGGAACUGUUAUGCUUUCCGUGGUCAGUCCCAAUUUCCAACUGCAGUCUGGGAUGGGGUUUUAUUCUGCUCAGAGCAAAAACUGUGUCUGUCAAAAAAUGCAGGGGGGCACUCACGGUGGUUGUGAUGAAAUGUAGGGGGGCACUCACUGUGUUUGUCAUGAAAUGCUGGGAGGUGGGGGGCACACUCACGGUCUUGAAAUGCAGGUACAAGAGUGUGCCAUAAAAUGCUUGGGGACAGAAUAUAUCCAGAUAAAGUGGGGGGCUUCUGUAUCCGUCAUAAAACACUGUAGCACUUAGUGCUUCUUUACUCCUUAUCAGGAAAACCACUGGGGGGCACUGCAGUUUGGGUCCCAAUGGCAGAGGGGGGCACAAAAAAUGACAAGAACAUGAUGAUUUGCUGAUGGCAAAGGGGAUGGGCUUGUGAAGGAUAUGGCAGUGUUUAAUUGGAUCAUAUGCAGAGUUUUAUCCUUAUUGGGUAAUAGCCAGGGUGGAUUAAGGUGUGUAAGGGGCAUUUUUUUUUACAUUUUACUUAUUGGCAGGGCCCAGGAUACCAGUGGACUAAUAAGUAGGGUGAGGAUCCCACUUAUUUAGUAGUAUGGGGUGCCAUGAUUACUAAUGGUUCCCAGUUAGGGUUGCCAACUGGCUGGUAAAAAUGAUGCUUGACACCAAUGUUAUUAAAAGGGAAAUAUAUAAAUAGGCUGGUAUUUUUUCCAGCAAAGGUGGCAACCCUAUGUCUUGCUCUUGCCAUCCCAACCAUUUUUUUUGGUUCAUUGGGAGUGGUAUCUGGAGACGUGGCCAAGGGCAAAAAUUCCACUGCUGCUUACAUCCCUCCUUAUAUUUUCAUAUGUUGGUUGGAGGUAUGGACUGUGUCUGUGCUACAUAAAUAAAGGACAGUAAAAGAUG